CAGACCAGGUGAGGAUAAAAAGCUCCCUUGGGAAGGAGAGAAACCUGCCCCGCUGGUGUGUGUCAGUUUCUCUGCCUGUCUGUCUGCUGGUCCGAGAUCGAUUGCUGCGUGGGUCAGAGACAAAGCAGGUCAUGGGGACAGUAGCGAGGUGCAGGAGCUGCCUGGCUGCAGGGUUGUUACGGAACCAAGUGGCUAUCGUCACUGGCGGCGGCACAGGCAUUGGCAAGGCUAUAGCCGCCGAACUGCUCCACCUAGAAUGUAAUGUAAUUAUCGCUUCCCGAAAAUUCGAUAGAUUAAGUUCUACAGCAGAAGAAUUGAAUGCUGACCGCCUGCCCUCCAACCCAGCCAUUGUUACUCCCAUCCAGUGCAAUAUUCGAAAAGAAGAAGAGGUCAAUAAUUUGGUUAAAUCUACAUUAGAUCUCCAUGGUAAGAUCAAUUUCCUGGUGAACAAUGGAGGAGGCCAAUAUUUAUCUCCUACUGAAGACAUCACUUCAAAGGGAUGGAAUGCUGUGGUUGAAACCAACCUGACUGGCACCUUCUACCUUUGCAAAGCAGUUUACAAGUCCUGGAUGAAGGAACAUGGAGGGUCUAUUGUGAACAUCAUCACCAUGUUAAAAAAUGGAUUUCCUAAUGCUGCGCACAGUGGAGCAUCAAGAGCUGGUGUUGAAAAUAUGACCAAAACUUUGGCAAUGGAAUGGGCCUCCCAUGGAAUAAGAAUCAAUUGUAUUGGUCCUGGAGUAAUUUAUUCUGCAACAGCCUUCAGCAAUUAUGAAGACUAUGACAAUGGCAUGAUUAACAGAUACUUUCAACAUUGUGCAGCUAAGAGAUUUGGUGUUCCUGAGGAGAUCUCCUCCACCGUGUGUUUCUUGUUAUCUCCUGCUGCCUCAUAUAUAACGGGGCAAACAGUGGAUGUGGAUGGUGGUAAUACUCUGUAUUCCCAAAGUUGGAAUAUACCAGAUCAUGACAACUGGCCUGAUGGACUAUGGGACCUUUCCACAGUCAAAAGAAUAAAAGCUUCCUAUAAGGAGAAAUCCAACCUUUAAACUGAGGAAAGUAAGAAAAUGAGGUCUUUUCUACUUCCAGCUGAAAAAUGAAUUUUAAUACUUUCUGUGAAUUUAUCCUUUUGAUGAAAAAUUGCUUGCUGCUUUUUAAAAAUUAUAAGUUUUAUCUUGGCACAAAGUAUGCCAAGAAAUAAUUUUAAAACAAUGCUUUGGACUGUACAUUUUUAAAAUGUUGUCACGGAUGACUAAGAAAUUAGAAAAAUGUAAACCUCAAACGAUCACUUCUUUUGCCUUGAUCUUUACAUGUUGAAAUGAGGAGUAUAUAGAGGGAUAAAAAUGCACUUGUUCAUUCAUUUUAGCAGUUGAAUAAAGAAAAAAAUGAAUGAUGCUGUUCUCUCUUCCUUCUUAGCUCUAUUGUAUAGUCUAAAAGUGAGAAGCAAGUCUAAAUAGUGAUGGGAUUGUGGCUUUUGCAAGCACUGUUACAUAACUCAAUUAGUUGGAGGUGGAGGUGUUUGCUUUUUGGGGGAUCAAUAAACUUAUAUAAUGUUUAACAAUGUCUGUUUUGUUUCUAAAACCAAACUAAGUAAAAAACUCCAGCACUCAUACAUACACUAACACAUAUGAAAAUAGCCACCUUCAUAGUCAUUUUUAGUGCAU